AAUAGAAAAAGUAAAAAACCACCAUCCACUCACAAGUUAGGAACAGUUUUUUCAAUCCCCUCCUCACAAUUUUGUGUUAAAUCGCAUCGUGAAAUAGAAAUUCAACUAAUUUGCAACUAAAUUUCAUUUCACUAGCAUAAACAAAUUAAUAUUUCACAACAAAAAUUCUCGCAUUCUUUCCCAAACCAAUAAAACUAUCGAAAAAUUCUUAUCAGUUUCCAUUUUCAUCAAGGACAAGCGACGAGGUGUUUCAUUUCGACAAAUUGAAGUAGUUAGCAGAACAAAAAAGAAAAAGAUACAACGAUAUGAGUGCCAACAACACGAACAAUCGGCGAAAGAAAUCCAACUCAACAUCAUCGAAUGCAGAUAAUCCUGAUAACGCUUGUGUUGUUUGUUUCAAGAAUGUUGAAAUCUAUUCAAUUGGAGAAUGUGAUCAUCCAGUUUGUUACGAAUGCUCAACCCGGAUGAGAGUUCUGUGUAAACAACAGGAAUGUCCCAUUUGCAGACAAGGAUUGGAAAAGGUAGUUUUUACGUAUGACAAACUGACAUAUCGUGAAUUGGAAGCCAAAAAUCGAUCUGAAUACUUUAAUACAGAGUAUAAAAUCUGCUUCUACACAAGACCAAUUCAACAAGCAUUUUUCCAACUUUUAGAUCAUCCAUGUCCUAAGUGCGAUCAUCCUGUAUUUCGAACAUUUGCAUCCCUCCGUGAACACGUCGAACAUGAACAUGGUCACUUCUAUUGUGAUUUGUGUACUGAUAAUUUGAAAAUAUUUUCUUUUGAACGUCGAUGCUAUUCGAAGGAUGAAUUAAUGUUGCAUCGUCGCAAAGGCGACCCAGAUAACAAAUCACAUCGUGGACAUCCGUUGUGUGAGUAUUGUGACAAACGUUAUCUAGAUCGUGACGAAUUGUUUCGUCAUUUGCGACGUGAACAUUACUUUUGCCACUUUUGUGAUGCCGAUGGAUGUAACGAGUUUUAUAAGGAUUAUAAUGCACUGCGUAAACAUUUCCGUAAAGAUCAUUACUUCUGCGAAGAAGGUAAAUGUGCUACUGAAGAAUUUACGGGUGCAUUUCGCACAGAGAUUGAUUACAAGGCUCACGUUGCGAAUGUUCACGGAAAAUCAUUCAACAAACAACAAGCUAAACAAGCUCGUACUCUUCAAUUGGAGAUAACAUUGGGACCACGGGGACGUUCAGGUCAAACGGAACCCCACAUAGCAAACCUGCGUUCAAGAGGCCAUAAUGAUAACGAAGUAGAGCAACAACCUGAACCCACUCAUUCAACUUAUACUCAACGGGCUCCACAAAUUGAUGCACGAAACGAACAAGAUUUCCCUUCUCUGGGUAAUGGAACGCCGGCUUUAAGUCUUCUACCUUUGCCUAUGGGACUUCGGGCUAAAUUAGGCUCAGCAGGUCUAGCCAGAACAAAAGAGAACUUUCCUGCAUUAGGUGGCGCUGAAAGUGGUGGUGGUGCUGGACCAUCGGCAAGUCGUCCCAAACAAAAUUCAAUUAGUUCGGUUAUUAAGAAAAAUCCGUCAUCAACUCCCACUGGCAUGUUGAUCCAUGUUUCAAAUCGUCCAAGCACAAGUUCCGGUGGUGCGACCAGUAAAAAGCCCAAUCACUCAAACAAAAAAGAUUUCCCCUCUUUGCCGGGCUCAUCAAAAGCAGCAGCACAUGCAGCUUUCCGAGAGGAUAUGAUUGCAUCCAAUUCUAACAUUAAUUAUGACAAUGUAUCAGCCAAGCACCGUUCUUUGAUGGAUGACUACGUUUCAGUGGCGAAUCCGAAUAAUUUUCAUAAAUUACAACUUGUGCAGAAAGAAGCCGAGGAGGCUAAAGCCAAGAAAGCUGCAUUCGAAGCAAGUGCUCCGAAAUUGGAUUCGAUAGCUUUUCCGGCCCUUUCAAUGGGCAGUAAGGCACCUGCGCCAGCGCAACCAAGUUGGACAAAGUCUCAAAAGCAACAACGUGAAGCUGAGAAUCGCAAGUCUAAGGUUGCACCAGCUCCACUUUUGAAUAUGAAUGCAAAGCAAAAAAAUUCCAAGUACAAUGUGCAAAAUGGGAAUAGUGGCAAUAAUAGCAAUAGCAACAACAACAACAAUAACACAUCUACGGAAAACCAAAACAGCAAUAAAAAAGAGAAGAAGAACAAAAAUGCUGGCACGGAGGGCAAGAAAUCCCCUGGAGCGCCACCUCCGCCGACAUCCCAUAACAAUAAACAUCAAAAGAAAGACAACAACAACGAAAACAAGCCCGCAAAUGCAAAUGCGAACCCAAGCGUGAUUAAACCUGCACCAGUUGUUGCCAAUGGAAAUGUUAAAAACACCCAACAACAAGCACUUAAUGAACAGGAAUUAGGACCACGAAGAGUGGCUCCACCACCUGGUUUCUCGCCACUAAUAAAACCUCCUCCCGGUUUCCAAAAUGUUACCCUUAACUCGGUAGCCAAAUCACCCAAUAGCCUGACCUUCACCAGUUCAAUGGGGGAGAGUUAUAACAUUGUUCCAACUCAUAGCUACAUGCAACCGCCAGAGGCUAUCACUAGAAAUCAGAAACUAGUCGGCCAUUUUAAGGAUGCCCUUAAAACGCCUGAGGCCUUAGAGGAAUUUCGAAAAAUAUCUCAAAGAUUCCGUGAAGGAGUUGUUAAAUCUCAAUCCUAUUAUGAGCAUUGCCAAGCUGCGCUUAGAGAUAGGUUUGGCAUAAUUUUCCCUGAACUCUUAUCACUCUUGCCAGACAUCAAUAAACAACAGGAGCUGUACCUAGUUCACUCACAGCGUUUAAAGUCCCUGCCCGGUGAUCAAAAGAAAUCAAACGAUAAACUAGAAGUUUGCUCAACCUGCAAACAAGUUUUGCUGGUGUCCGAUGCUGAUAAUCAUUUUAAACUGCAUGCCAUGCGAGAAAGUUUUCCAACUCUUGGAAACUCCGAUAACAAGGGAAAUAAUGCUUUAACUGCAAAUCGAAAGUAAUUUUAUUUUAAAUACAAAAUAUAGAAAAACAAUUGGGAUUAUAAUUUUCAAAAAAUUAGGAUAUAAAACGAAUCAAUUUGUUUGGUGCUUUCAAAAUUUUUAACAAAAAUAUUUACAAUGGAUACAUAAAUUUAUAAGAAUUUCCUUAAUUGUUCUUAUUACAUUUUUUCAAUUCCAAUUAAAUUCUUAAAUUAGAAUGAGAUUGAUUUGGAUUUUAAUUAAGUUUUCUGUUAAGUGUGGAAUUUACUGUUUGGAUUUUACAAUCACACAAACAUUUGCUCUUUAAUGUAAUUAUUUAAAUGUACACAUAACAUCUUAAUGUAUUGAUGAUGAGUAAAGAAAAAGAAAAGAGAUUAAGUAAAUAAAAGAAAAGUAUUCACACGCAAUUAAGUGUUUCCACUUCAUAAUUUUAUGAAUAUAUUUAUAUAAUAAAUUAACUAAAACAUCAAAGUAUAUGUUGUGUAAAAGAGUCAGACUGUUUAUAAAAAACCAUAAUUUUAUAUUUCAAAAAAGAAAACAAAAACUAAAUCAAGAGAAUAACCUAUAUAUUAUAUAUUUAAAUGUAUAUUCACCAAAUGAAAUAAAACUCUUUGUACAAACUA